GCAAAGCCACCGAAUAUAGUAUUCAUGGUCGCAGAUGAUUAUGGUUGGAAUGAUGUGGGCUUCCGCAACCCCAGUAUGAUCACACCCAACAUCGACAAGCUAGCAUACGAGGGAGUUAUACUGAAUCAGUCCUAUGUACAGCCAGUAUGCACACCGUCUCGUAAUGCUUUUAUGACAGGCGUGUAUCCUUUCAAAGCAGGUCUGCAGCAUAUCGUUAUUCUGCCGCCACAAGCGACAUGUUCUCCAACUAACCGCACAUUCCUGCCUCAAUAUCUCAAGAAGUUAGGAUAUGCAACUCACAUGAUCGGAAAGUGGCAUCUUGGAUUCUGUAAUUGGAAUUGUACCCCAACCUACCGUGGAUUUGACUCGUUCUAUGGCUUUUAUAACGGGAAGGAAGAUUACUACAACAGAUCUGUGGUGGGCGGUUUGGAUUUCCGUGAUAACAAAGAAGCUGUUGUCCCAGAUGUUACGAAAUAUUCGACCUAUAUAUAUGCCGAGCGUGCAAACCAGGUGAUUUCAAAUCAUGACAAAGACAAACCACUCUUCUUGUAUUUACCUUUCCAGUCUGUCCACGCACCGAUCGAGGUACCUGUUAGCUAUGAAAACAUGUAUAGCAGUAUUCAGAAUGAAGGAAGGAGGAAAUACUGUGGUAUGGUGACGGCUAUGGACGACCUGGUGGGGAAUGUGACGGCCGCCCUGAAGGAGAACGGAAUGUAUGAUGACACACUCUUCGUCUUCACGGCCGACAAUGGCGGAUGGCCUACCUACCAUGGAAAUAACUACCCACUACGUGGUGGGAAGACUACCGUAUAUGAAGGCGGUACCCGUGCAACAGCCUUUAUCAGCGGUGCAGGACUAGAGAAGAAAGGCUAUACAUAUGAUGGUAUGAUGCACGCCGUUGAUUGGAUGCCAACUAUACUGUCUGUGGCAGGAGGAAAACCUGAUGACACAGAUCUGGAUGGCAUUGACCAGUGGGAGAGCCUCAAGACUGGUGCUGCAUCAAAAAGGACAGAAUUUAUCUAUAAUCUUGACGACGAAAAUCCGCCUAUAUGUGGCCACGCUGCCAUUAGAGUUGGUGAUUAUAAGCUGAUCGAAGGCUAUCCAGGACAAUAUCCAGGCUGGUAUAAACCGGAAACGGUGUCAGACGAAUCACACAACAAUACUGAGAAGCAACAUGCAAGUUAUGGACAGAGACAACUUUUCAACUUAAAGGAUGAUCCGAAUGAACACAAAGACCUCUCGCUAUCACACAAAGACAUAGCGGAUCAACUCAGUAAAAGGAUGGCUGUGUACCACGCCCAAAUGAUACCAGCUAACUUCCCAGGAUUCACGAUUGCAUCUAACCCACAAAACUACAACGGCUUUUGGACCCCAGGAUGGUGCUAA